CAGCAGCCCCAGAAGCCCCACGACUAUGGCGGCGAUGGCGGUGGCGCUGCGGGGAUUAGGAGGGCGCUUCCGGUGGCGGACGCAGGCCGUGGCGGGCGGGGUGCGGGGCGCGGCGCGGGGCGCAGCAGCAGGUCAGCGGGACUAUGAUCUCCUGGUGGUCGGCGGGGGAUCUGGCGGCUUGGCUUGUGCCAAGGAGGCCGCUCAGCUGGGAAGGAAGGUGGCCGUGGUGGACUACGUGGAACCUUCUCCCCAAGGCACCCGGUGGGGCCUCGGCGGCACCUGCGUCAACGUGGGCUGCAUCCCCAAGAAGCUGAUGCACCAGGCGGCACUGCUGGGGGGACUGAUCCAAGAUGCCCCCCACUAUGGCUGGGAGGUGGCCCAGCCCGUGCUGCAUGACUGGAGGAAGAUGGCAGAAGCUGUUCAAAAUCACGUGAAAUCCUUGAACUGGGGCCACCGUGUCCAGCUUCAGGACAGAAAAGUCAAGUACUUUAACAUCAAAGCCAGCUUUGUUGACGAGCACACGGUUUGUGGCGUUGCCAAAGGUGGGAAAGAGAUUCUGCUAUCAGCUGACCACAUCAUCAUUGCUACUGGAGGGCGGCCGAGAUACCCCACGCACAUCAAAGGUGCCUUGGAAUAUGGAAUCACAAGUGAUGACAUCUUCUGGCUGAAGGAAUCCCCUGGAAAAACGUUGGUGGUUGGGGCCAGCUAUGUGGCCCUGGAGUGUGCUGGCUUCCUCACCGGGAUUGGGCUGGACACCACCAUCAUGAUGCGCAGCAUCCCCCUCCGCGGCUUUGACCAGCAAAUGUCCUCCUUGGUCAUAGAGCACAUGGCAUCUCAUGGCACCCGGUUCCUGAGGGGCUGUGCCCCCUCCCGGGUCAGGAGGCUCCCUGAUGGCCAGCUGCAGGUCACCUGGGAGGACCGCGCCACCGGCAAGGAGGACACGGGCACCUUCGACACCGUCCUGUGGGCCAUAGCACCUCGCAUCUCUGUGUGUCUCCCCACCACUGUGGGACGUGCUGGAAAAAACCAGAGAAGAGACUGAGACAGCAUCAGCCAGGUGUCCUCAUCGAGGAGCAACUAGGCAAUCGUCCUCGCCUUCCCUGGCCCUUGAGCGAUUGCUUAUUAAGGUUUCAGCACAUAAAUCCUACUUGUCAUCUUCCAGGUUUAAGUCUUGGUAUGUUUCUUUUCUUUUUUUUUUUUGAGAUGGAGUGUCGCUCUGUCGCCCAGGCUGGAGUGCAGUGGCAACCUCUGCCUCCCGGCUUCAAGCGAUUCUCCUGCCUCAGCCUCCUGGGUAGCUGGGGCUACAGGCACCCACCACUACACCUGAUUAAUUUUUGUAUUUUUGGUAGAGACGGGGUUUCACCAUGUAGGCCAGGAUGGUCUCCAUCUCCUGACCUCGUGAUCCACCUGCCUUGGCCUCCCAAAGUACUGAGAUUACAGGUGUGAGCCACCGCACCUGGCCAGUAUGUAUUUUUUCUUUAGCAUAUUAAAUGUUUUGCUGCUUCAGGCUUUCCAGCUAGGUUAUUUUCUUUUUUUGCGUGUGAAACAGGGUCUCUCUCUGUUGCCUAGGAGGAGUGCGGUGGUGUGAUCAUAGCUCACUGCAGCCUCCACCUCCCAGGCUCAGUCAGUCUUCCCAUCUCAGCCUUCUAAGUGCUGGGAUUACAGGUUUGAGCUACUGUGCCCAGCCAAGCCAGUUUGUUGUUUUUAACAUAAAAAUGAUAUGUAUUUGAAAGUUUUAAAAAUUGUGGUGACAUACACAUAACAUCAAAUUCAUCAUCUUAAGCAUUUUAAAGUAUAUAGUUCAGUGGUGUUAAGUACGUUCAUAUUGUACAAGCAGCAUGACCAUCCAUCUCUAGAACUUUUCCAUUAUCUCCAAACUGAGCUCUGUCCCCAUUAAACACUCACUCCCUGCUGCCCCGGGCACUCAGCCUUCACUGUCUGUCUCUAUGGAUCUGACUCCUCCAGGGACUUCACGUAAGUAGAAUCAUGCAGUGUUUGUCCUUUUGUGACUGGCUCAUUUCUCUUAGCACAAUGUUUUCAGGGCGCAUCCAUGUUGCAGCAUCUGUUAGAGUUAGCAUUUGUGUAGCAUGUGCCAGCAUUUCCUUCCUGUUGAAGGCUGAGUUGUAUGUGUGUCCAUCAUCUGUCAGUGGACACUUAGGUUGCUUCCGUCUUUUGGCUGUUGUGGAUCAUGCUGCUGUGAACAUGGGUGUGCACAGGCCGCCUGUUUUCAGCACAUGAAAAUGAUGCAGACUUUUUAAAGUUCUGCCCAGCCUUCUCGUGGCUUUCAGUAUUUCCCAGUGGGUCCCUUUGGGCCUGGCAGGUCAUUACAUGCCAGGAGUGGCAUCUUGCAGGCCUUUCCAGAAGUCACAUUUCGAAGGCUUCCAAAGACAUCACCCUUCCAGUACUGGGCAGAGGCCUGGGCGUUUCCUGGCCAGGCGUGGGCUGGCUACAACUUGCUGGGCACAGUCUGGUCUCACCUUCUUGCUCUCUGUAAGGUGUAGGUCCAGUUUUGCAUGGGGCAGAGGCCGAGCAGGUGUGGGGAGUGUGGACGCAGCCAGGGGAUACCUGUGCCCAGGCCUGGGCCGGAGCUGUCUGAGGGGACUGGCGAGGGGCAGCUGGAGCCAACAGGGAUCGCCCAGACACUGCCCUGUCCCAGGCCUGCUGCAAAGCUGGGCGCGGAGGCCAUUGCAGAUGGGCUGCCGCAAGGAGGGCUGCGGGUCCUCGUCAGGGUGGGUGGCGGCACAUACAGCAUGCCUGCUCAGAUGUCCUACCCACCUCGGUGCCUGGCCGUCUAGUUUAGGCUCCUAGUUUUCCCAAUCGCCCGGUCAACUUGCAUGUUGAAGGCGGGAGCAACCUAGUCAAUGUUGUUAGUUCUCCGAGGCCUUUCCGUGCUGAGCCUGGUCUGUUGUCUCCUGUGAGAGCCCAAGAUCAGAGCCAGGGUCCCUCUCAGAUCACCUGGGUCCACCUCCAUCAGCUAACCGGGCUUGCAUGGGGCUGGCCAGGUGUCAGUGUCCUCUGGGGGAGGGCUCCCGGAGGCACAAGCUGUGUCAUAGGGUGAUGCAUUUCUGAAGCAGUCACUCGGAAUGGGAAAUCAGAAAGGAAACCAGCCUGGAGCGGCUGAGGCUUCACUUUUGUGCAGUGGACACAAGCGCAGAGGUGAUGACCGGGGAGGACCUGAGACGCCUGAGCGCACGCAGGGCUCUUGGCCCGGAGGUGAUCAGUCAGCAAGAGCGAUGCUCUCAGUCACGUUGUAAAAGUAGAUUUUAAGUAAGUUUAUUAUGAUAAACACUAUGAAGGAUUAGGUAACAUUUUGGACUCUGAAGUGUACUGAUGGUUCUCAUCCUAAACUCCACUUUAUUUUUCUUUCAAAAUUUAUCCUCCUACUAUCAUUCCCAAAUAAACUCCACUCUAAAGGGGAAAUGGUGAGUUUUUCCCUCCCACCGCACCCUAGCCCUCCUCCUCUGUCUGCUGACACCUCCGUUCACCCACAGCAUAAGGGAGCUGUUGCCAUUGAACCGAGGGGCAGCCCUCGACUGAGCCCAUAGGGUUGUAGCAGACCAAUGGGCUGGGGGCUGUGUCCCUGGAAAGCCGGGGCGUCAGCCUGGCAGGCAACAAGCAAGGCCCCUCCCUACUCUGCAGAGCUGCGGUGGCCUGCUCGCCCAUCCUCCCUUGCUAGGAGUCUGUUUUAUUUUUUUGUAUUUUCAAAAUGAGCAUCCCCCAGACAGUCUGCCUGGCGUGAUUGAUGCUGGGGGUGGAAGCUUUUCGCAGUCCUUGGCCUCUGACCCUGCUUCCCAAGGGCGGCGCGGCUUCUGCGCGCCUGCUGGGGGCCGCUCGGGCAUGUGCUGACUUCGCUGCUGCUCAGAGCCAGGUUUUGUAAACAUUCAGGAGCCGCUUCCCCGGUCAGCAACUGCGAGCGUUUUCUGCUGGUUUGUACGAUAAGCCUUUAACCAAGCUUUAUUUCUACUUGCAAUAAAGGAUGAUCCACUCUGGGAGGUUAAAAUAAAGCGCCCUAGGGGUGGCACAGCUGGCAAUGCCAACAUCUCCGACUCCGCUUCCUGUCCCGAGUAUGCUCUACGUCCGCACAAGCUGGGCUCCGACAGGAAGGGGGGAUGCCCCCGUGCCCGGUACACACACACACAGCAGGAGCCCAGGUGCUGCACAGAGCUCCCGUGUGGGGCCGAGUGCUGGCCCUGCCCGUUGCCUGUGUGCCUGGUGCCUGGCCGCAGCUGGCGAGGACCAUGGACGUUGGCAUUGUGAAGUGGGCCCUGCAGUCUGGAAGCCGAGGAGGACCCGAGCCCCUUCCUCGAGGCAGCCUUGAUCUCCACGUGGUGGAUUAAACAUAUUAGCAGUUAAAGCAGUUAAUUGCUGUGCAGGGGGCCCCCGCUCAUUGUUUGUCUCUGAAUCACCCGCCCACACCAGGUGUCUCAGAUAAUAGACUGGGAACUUCAGUGAGGAGGAUUUCCUGUCUGCAGAUGUGCCGAUUACAGCGCUGAGUGAAGACAGUCAGCCAGCACCGCUGCGGGCUUGAAUUCGCCCGCUGAGUUAACCAGUUGUGGCCUGAAUCCCUGGCUGUCUAGGGGAGCAGGGCCAGGCUGGGGUGUCCUGAGCAAACGCCUCCCAGUGCAAAGGCUUCUAAGUGCAGUUAAGUUUAGAUUUGGUUUUAAAGAAGGGACAGACUGCCUCUGGACUGCAGCCCUGAGAAACUGGAAGUUGAGAUCGUCGUGUGCCCCUUUGGCGUCCCCAGCCCCUCUGGAUGGUUCUCUGUCCCUCUCUUGAGGGUGAGAUGCUGAAGGCUCUGGCGUAUCCCUCUCUGCACUACAGGAGUCCUGCCCACAGCCGGAAGAGCCAGCAGACACAGGAGGGGACUCGCUAAACCUGGGGAUCCCACAGCCAGGCAGCUGUUGUGCCUUAGUGCCAGGGAGGGUGGCCACGGGUCUGCCUGGGGCCUUGUGAUAUGGCAGGUGAGGCGAGACCCAGGGAAGGAAUCCGUCUGGAUCUUACCCCAGCCACUGAAGCCAUUUCCUCUUUGGGCUUUCUCUUAGAUAACUCAGAGAUGUCCACCUGUGUGUAAACCAGCAUCAGAGCCUGAAACACAACAUGCGUGGAGCAUGGGAGCUUGGCUUCCCAGCUUCCUCUUGGCACCACACAGAGGCCACCCCCACAAGCUGCCCGUGUAUAGUCUGCCCCACGUGGCACGUGUGCCUGGACCACAGCCGGAGAGACUGGGGUGCCCAGGAGAUGAUGAUGGGGGCUGUCGGUGCCCAGGAGGGGAGCUGUUGACAGGCUGGGCUGCAGCCCUGGGCGCCUCUCUCCACCCAGGCACUGUUUGCUGGCAUGUACGUGGCAGGCAACUGUCUUUGCUCAGCUCUGCUCGGCUGAUGGCUCCCGUAUACCACAGACUCAGCUACACAAGUCCCUGUGGAUUGUCCCUCUGUUGAGUGCCAGGCAGCAGGAAAGGGCAGAAAGCAAGAACCAAGCUGGGGAUGGGUGGGAGCAUCCCAAGCCUGGUGAGAGGGAAGGGGCGGCUCCUCCUGGAUGCCCUCCAUGCUGGUGUGGGUGCAGCUGGGGCUUAGGGGCCGCAGUGGGUGUGGAUGCUGCCCGGGCGAGGGGGCUGCGGUGGGCCCAUCAGGACUGCUCUCAGGGAUGCGCCUUGCUGCAGCUGCGUGAAACCAAGUUUGUGGCUAUGCUCUUCCUGGUGGGGAUGGGCCCAGCAGUGACCCUGGCAUCCACACGCCUCCAUGCUCUCAGGGUGGAGUGGCCAUCCCUGAGCAGGUGACACGGAUCGGAGGCCCCUCUUUGAUAGUCUAACACCUUUUUCUUUUAGUGCAAAUUUAGUUUGUAAUUAAUGACAUCAAGAGAGACCCAAAUCUGCCUGCAUUGUGAGUUUGAUAUUUUUUAAAGUGGGGCCAAGAUGAACAUUCAUGGAGCUCUUCCUAUGAGCGGUGGCUGCGGCCUUCCCCUCCACACCACGUGGCCCCGGGUGUGCGCUGCUACUUCUGAGACAGCACUGUUGGCUCAGCCCUGGCUCAUGGUGGUGCUAACACUUCACAGAGGCCAGGCCAGAGUAGGAGGAGGCAGCGCCCUGUGCUUACCCGCCAGCCUGGUGCCCCACGCUUGGCUUGAGGGCUAGUUCACACUCAUGUCCAGAGCCCACAGCUAUCUGACAGGCCAGCUGGCACCUGCAUACAUAGAUGUCGAGCUGGGUCUUGUUACCAUGUCAAAUUCAGUACUUAUGAUUAGAACUGAGUGGAAACCAAUUUAAAAAAAGAAGAACAACAUGGUGAAAAGUCUUCUAGAGAUAGGUCAGCAUCAUUUAUGCAUAUUACCAUGCACCCUCUAAUGUCUGCAGGU